AUGGCGUCCCCCUCUUUUCUCCCUUCUUUGGCAUCGAUACUUUAUCCCGGCUCUUCCUCCUUCGAUGAAUGUGCUCGAGAUGACCUACGUUACACCUAUGGGGUUGAAGAUGACGUGCAAGUGAUCAUCCCUACUGGAAUACAUCACUUCUUCAAUCCCCCUGUUAGCUCUAGCACCUUCUUUAGAGAACAAUUCGUGGCCGACCUUCGUCUUCCUAUCCAUCCUUUCUUUAUUGACAUAGGCCGCUAUUUCCAGAUUCCUUUGGGGCAACUGACACCAAAUUCCAUAAGAAUCCUUUGUGGCUUUGUCGUCCACCUCGACCAGCCACUCCCGCUCGCCCCCGGGCUGCCCGUCCACCUCGACAGGGCCACUCCUGCUUGCCCCCGGGCCCCACGUACGGCCCGGCCUACUCCCCCAACACCACUACCCUCGGUUAGUCCUCCUCGAGCCACUUAUAUCCCCGGUCGGGGACUUGGUGAAAGAUUGAUAGGCCUUGGUGGGGGCACAGGCAACGUUCCCUUCGCCAGCCCUGCCUCUCGAGAGGCUUACCAAGUAGCUCGCCGAGCCCAUGCUGCAAAUGACCGCCUGAGCCGGAAUGUCUCAAGUCCUUCUAGACACAGGGCUCGAUCGCCCUCCGAUGACUCUGAUUAUGACGAUCAGCCGCUAUCUCAGAGGCGUCGGCGCCGAGCCCCUCGCACGAUGCCCGACUCAGGCCCAUCAUCUAUCUCCUCUCCUCCUGCGGCCGCCUCUCCUUCUCAUGUGACUCCGCCCUCAAUCCCGGGCCAUGUAACUGAUCCCCCUACUUCACCCCAUAAUCAGGCUGAGCCCCCCUUGGCUCAACCUUCCACCUCACAACACGCUCAUGACGAUGAGGCUGGCCCCUCAGAACGACCUUCCACUAUCCCACCUGCAGUACCUCGGGGGCCUUCUUCAGCUCCUUCUGGUGCAACCGCCAAGCCUUCAGCUCCUUCAGGCUUAGCCGCGGGUCCCUCAGGACCCCCUCCGCUUAUUUAUCAGAAUUAUUGCACUACUCUUCCUUCUGAGGAGCAGUUAUAG